CUCUCUGUUCCAGGAGCAGCCAGCCCAGUGUGCAGCAGCAGUUAGGGGCGAGUGAGCAGGAUUCAGGGUCAGCCCCUCCUCUUAGUCUCCUUUCUCUCUAAAUAAGACAGUCCCAGGCUGGGCCACCGCCGGCAGACACCAUGCAGCUCCAGGCCUCCUUCUCCUUUUUCCUGAUCCUUACCUUCUGCCAAGAGCUUUGCUCAGAACCAAGACAAGCCAGGAAGUCCUUACCGUCUAUGUGCACACUUCCCAUGGAAAAAGGCGAAUGUCGCGCCAUCUUUGUGAGAUGGUACUAUGACACCAAAACUAAGAAGUGUGACUGGUUCCACUAUGGAGGCUGCAGAGGCAACGAGAACAACUUUCUGAGCAGAAACCAGUGCCAGACAGUCUGCGCAAGCACCUGACUUGUCAAGCCAUCCCAGCCCUCCACCGAGUCAAGCUCCCUAAGGGACCCCCUGAAGGCUUUUGCUUGUGAAUAAAAAGUGCAUUUCUCUAAAUACGUUUCCCUAAGAUUAUGUCUACCGGAAUCAAAUAAAUGUUGUUAUCCUGUU